CCGAAAACGUACUAGCCCUCCGGUUUCUCCGCACUCCACAGCCUUCCCUUCCCGCACCUCAUCACCCACACCCCGUGAAGAUCCUUACAAGAGCAUUUUCCUGCACACCAUGGUCCGCUAUCAUGGACCCAUCAACUCAAAAAAGAGUUUCCAAAGCAUGCGAUGCAUGCAAGCGCCGUAAGGUGAAGUGCAACGGUCAGGAGCGAUGUCAACAGUGCAGUCAUCUCGGUCUGAGAUGUGUGUACUCCGCUUCCGGCAAGCUCAGAAGCCAGGGCAAGAGAGGUCAUAUUAUCUCCGAGUUUAGAAACCAUAUGAACCACCCUCACACGACAUCACCGCCUGUUAUACUUCCGGCAAAUGGACAGCACAUUCAACCGUAUAACGGUUUCACAUACUCCUUCGAGCGCAAUGAUUUCAGUUCAGCAUCCCCUGAAUCACCCGUUGGCCCUCACUACAACAAGGCCUUUUUUCUGGACCUUAUAUCAGAUUACAUGGAGGGCGUUUAUCCUGUGCAACCAGUCAUUGCUGAGCACGAGGUACGACAUUAUAUCAACUCAAUGGACCAUGAUCCAGAAAUGCGAUCCUUCGUAUAUUCUUUUGGUGGCUGCACUCUCAACCUGACCCGUUAUGGGGACAGGCGAACAGAAGAAGUUGUGCGGACCAUCGAAAACCUGAUGGACUUGUCCGUCGAUACAAUGAAACCACCACAUAAGAGCCAUCACUCGUCGGUUAUGCGAGCCAUGCAGUCAAUCUUCAUUCAUAACUGUCUCAUGAGUUUGCAGGGUAGCGAUGCAGCUUUCCACUGGAUGCGGGAUGCCAUCAGCGCAAUACAACUGUUACGCAUCGACAAUCCAGAGCACGUCGCAAGCCUGUCGGGACCGGAAAGAUCAAGACGCCAGCGCUUGUAUUGGCAAGCUUACAUUCACGAGCGCUUCCUCGCCAUUCUGGAUUACCGGCAAGCCAUCAUGUUCCCACUUUACACAUUACCUGAAGACGACCCCACCAUCCCUAUACAAGUACACGAGGGGUUCAAUCAAAUCAUCAAGCUUUUCCGACUUCUAGACACAGAGUUCCUCAGCAGCUGGCUCGGCGCGGCCGGACAAACCGGCCCCGUCACCAGUACGUGGGUCGAGGCCAAGUCGCGUGAGCUCGAGGGGGAUCCGGAAGCUGACGCGUUGGAGCUAGCAAAUCUUUCCAUGAUGCAGCGCGCCGACCUGACCAUCACACGCGAAUGGCUCCGCACGCUAGUCUGGCGGCUGGCCAUGGGCCAGACACUGCUUUCCUCGCGUUCGUCAAAGGAAUGCCUGUCGCUGCUCUUCCCUGUCCGAUUAUCGCAGUCAUUACGGCAUCAGCUGUCAAGCAUGUCACGCGAGGACAUCGAGGUGCACGGCAGCUCGAUCACGCAGAAACUGUUCGAAAUCACUGACACAAUUGCUGACGUCCUAAUCCAUAUCCCUGCAGCUACGCUGGAAGAGACGGCCCUACGCAUCGACGAUUUCCUCUUCAUCCUGGACUUUGUCCUCCUUUUGCCCCAAUUGGACGCGACCCGGCGAGGAAUCCUGCUUGAAAAGCUUGAGCGCCUGCAGACCAUGUUUCCCGAGGCGGUCAGCAACGCCAGUUCGCCCAAUUUGCCGCUAGAUCUGCAGAGUCCCUGCGCGAAUGAUCCCUGGUACCAGGUGGCGCAGUCCAAAACGGCGGCGGGCCUUGAGGAAAUGGCUGAUGAACAGGCCCUGGAGCAAUUGCAGGCACAGCGGACUGAGGGUGUGGGGAUUCCGAGAGAGGUCAGGGUCGGUCAACUGGCUACAUGGAAUCACAUAUCGAAGCGGCUGACCAUGGCACAUUUUACCACUUAGUCAAUAUUAAUGACGAAGCUAUCAGGAUCUUGUUCAUUUCCUUUGAGACAUCUGCAAUAACCCGUAAGAAAGCUGCCUAGCUUUCGAGUUUCCGAAAACACG